AUGAGCCGGCCGCCCGGGGACCCAGACGUCGUGGAGCGCCUGCGGGCGAAGUACAGCAACGUCUCGCAGGCACUGGGAGACGCGGACGACGCCGAACAGGCAGACAACGGACAGGACAGCCGAGCUGCGGCCGCGGACCGCAUGCGCGCCGACUCGAGCGUGUCGGCGCGGCUGUGCCAGAGGUGCAACGGGACGGGCGUGGAGACGGAGAUCUACAACCACCGCCGCAUCGACCGCUGCUGCGGGGAGUGCGACGGGGAGGGGGUGUUCAUCAGAGGCGCCCCCCCGCGCCCCACGCCGGCCGAGACGCCCGCGGACGGCGCCGGCACGGUGUCCCGCGAGAAGGACGAGGCGAGCAAGCGCGCGGCCAUCUUACGGAGCCUCGGCCGCAUCAAGGCGGCGGUGAAGAAGUACGCGCAGGAGCUGAGCGACGCGGAGGGGCGGCUUGCGGCGUGCGACGCAGACGACAUGCGCGGCGCGCUGGAGGAGCUCGUCGGGCAGCUGCGGCGCCACGUGGAGUCGCUGCAGGGACAGCAGAAGGCGUUCGAGGGGAAGCUGGAGGCGCUCGGGACGCCGAGCCUGGCGGGGGCGGGCGGGCCGCCGGUGCCCGACAGCUUGCGGGCGGACGCGGAGGGCGCGCCCGUGCAGCAGUGA